AUGAUCAAUGUAAUCUUGGUCGCGCUAGGAAGAACAGGCACGCGCCCUUCACGGGUGUUAUCUGUGGCUCAACGGCCUGCUGAGGGGUCCCAACUAGAGCCGAAGAGGGCCAGAACGAAUUUUCAUCCAAUCUUGAGUUUUUCAGAAGAAAACAAGAUCGGAACCACCCAGCCCCAUGAUGAUGCGCUGUUGGUCACUCUCAGAAUCGGGGACUACGAUGUGAAAAGAGUGAUGGUGGAUAGUGGCAGUGGGGCCGAGGUUAUGUAUCCCGACCUCUACAAGGGGUUGAGGUUAAAACCGGAAGAUUUGAUGCCUUAUAACUCUCCUUUGAUAAGCUUCAAUAGGAAACUUGUUAUUCCAAAGGGCAUGAUUAGGCUACCCAUCCAAACCAGCCCAGAGAUAGUGGAGGUGAACUUUAUCGUGGUGAACACCUACUCUCCAUAUACCGCCAUCGUCGGUAGGCCUUGGCUCCAUACCUUGGGGGCUGUUGCCUUCUCCUUGCAUCAUAAGGUGAAAUUCUCGUCAGGGGACCAGGCCUCGGUGUCGCCUCCUGAUACAGCUGCCAAAGAGGCAAAAUGCGAAGAUCUAGAGAAGGUGGUCAUAGGUGGUGACCCAGAGAAGUUUUUUCAGGUAGGGGCUCAGCUGCCUCUUCAGGAGAAGGAGGAGUUAAUUGAGUUUUUCAAAAGAAAUAUUGACGUAUUUGCAUGGGAUGCCUGCGAUGCUCCAGGGAUUGAUCCAUCCUUCAUCUGUCACCAUCUCAAUGUCAACCCAUCCAUCACUCCCAGGAAGCAGCCACCCCGGCGCCCAUCAAGAGAGCACGCCGAUGCGAUUAGGGACGAAGUGGUUAAGCUUAAGCGUGCAGGGGCUAUCAAAGAGGUUUUUUACCCUGAAUAG